UUGGUGUUGUAAUCGUUUGCUUGAAGUAGAACCUCUCUCUCUCUCUCUCUUUCUCUCUCACUCACUCUCUCUCUCUCUUUGGAUUCUUUUCUCUGUAAUCAAAGCAAAGUCCUCUCUUCUUCUGGGCUCUGGUCAAUUUGUUUUCUCUUUUCUCUUAUGGAACUUCUGUGAAAAAUGCACAUUCCUACGACGAUCCUACACUUUUCUACAGAGACGUCUACAAGAGCUUGAGGGGGUGAUUGAAUUGAUACAUUUUUAUUAAUUAUUAUUUGAGGAUGGAAGGAGAAUCUUUUGGUUUAAUCGUUGGGAUCUCACUAGGUUUGGUGAUUGGUGUUGUGUUAGCUAUUUCAGCUUUGUUCUGCUUUAGGUUCCAUAGAAAAAAGUCUCAGAUUGUGAAUAAUAGUGGGUCUAGCAGAAGUGCAACCAUUCCCAUCAGAGAGAAUGGAGCUGAUUCUUGUGUUAUCAUGUCUGAUUCCACCAUUGGUCCUGAUUCACCUGUUAAGUCUUCCAAGAAUGGGAGGUCUCUUUGGCUUGAAGGUUUUAGUAAGAAGAGUAAUGUUAUCUCUGCUUCUGGCAUUUUGGAAUAUUCUUACAGGGAUUUGCAGAAAGCCACUGCUAACUUUACAACUUUGAUAGGCCAAGGGGCAUUUGGACCUGUCUACAAAGCUCAAAUGUCCACCGGUGAGAUUGUUGCUGUGAAAGUACUAGCCACUGAUUCUAAACAGGGCGAAAAAGAGUUUCAGACAGAGGUUAUGUUAUUGGGAAGGUUGCAUCACCGUAAUUUAGUGAACUUAGUUGGCUAUUGCGCAGAAAAAGGCCAGCACAUGCUUAUAUAUGUUUACAUGAGUAAAGGAAGCUUAGCUUCUCACUUAUACAGCGAUAAACAUGAACCCCUGAGCUGGGAUUUGAGAGUAUAUAUUGCUUUAGACGUGGCACGUGGUCUGGAAUAUCUUCACGAUGGGGCUGUUCCUCCUGUAAUCCACAGAGAUAUCAAGUCUUCCAACAUUUUGUUGGAUCAAUCCAUGAGAGCUCGGGUUGCAGACUUUGGACUAUCUAGAGAAGAAAUGGUAGACAAACAUGCUGCCAACAUCCGAGGAACAUUUGGUUAUCUCGAUCCUGAAUACAUUUCAACUAGAACGUUCACCAAAAAAAGCGAUGUUUAUGGCUUCGGGGUUUUGCUGUUCGAGCUUAUAGCUGGAAGAAACCCUCAACAAGGUCUAAUGGAAUUGGUUGAGCUGGCGGCGAUGAAUGCAGAGGAAAAAGUUGGGUGGGAAGAGAUAGUGGAUUCAAAAUUAGAUGGGAGAUUUGAUAUACAAGAAGUGAAUGAAGUUGCAGCAUUUGCUUAUAAAUGCAUCUCUCGUGCACCUAGAAAACGUCCCAACAUGAGGGACAUUGUUCAGGUUUUGACUCGUGUCAUUAAGGUGAGACAUUGCAGAAAACGACAGAAGAGUUCUCUGUCUUCUCCGCGGCCUCCUCCUCCUCCUCCGGUGGUGGAAGAGUCUGAAGGUGAGCUAACCGCAAACGGAUCAAUACGAUCAGAAACUCAUCGGAGGGAUAAUUCCGUGGACAGUAGUAUAGCUGAAGACUUGUGAUUUUUUCCAAAACAAAAAAGAAAGUAUCAAGUUCCUUAAUUUUUAUUAACUUUAAAAUUGUGAUUUUUUUUGAAUAUUGUUUUGGGUUUCUUUUAGACGUUAGGGAAAAAAUGAUAAUUAUGUAUGUAGUAUGUACUACAGAGUACAGACCGUUCUAGGUUGUUUAUAUCUUUCUUUUGUGAAUUAGUAAUAACUAUUCUUUGUUUCUUUUA